GCGCGCCGAGCGCCGGGCCCUGCCGGAGUCGUGUGGGGUCCUUUGGGAUCCAUCCGCCGGUCACGGGAUCGGUUGGGUUGGAAAAGAUUGCUGAAGUCAGCCAGUCCGGCCCACGCUCGAGUACCGCCGCCCUGUGAAGCAGACCGUGGCGCCAAGUGUCGCGUCCAGCCUUUCCUUAAACACCUCGAGGGACGGCGAUUCCACCACGUCCCUUGGCAGCCCAUUCCGAUGUCCCAUCACCCAGUCUGUAAAGAAUUUCUUCCUGAUGUCCAAUCUGGACCUUUCCCGCUGUCGCUUGAGCCUAUGCCCUCUUACCUUGUCACUGUCCUCGGCCUGCAAGAAGAUGCCGACCCCUACCUGGUUGUACCCUCCUUUCAGGCAGUUGUGGAGAGUGAUAAGGUCACCCUGAGCCUUUUCUUCACCAGGCUAAACACUCCCGGUUCCCUCAGCUCCUCCUCGUAGGACUUGUGCUCCAGACCCUUCACCAGCUCCAUAGCCCCUCUCUGGAACAGAAGUGGGCCUGCAGUGUCCCAUUGUCUGUCCAAGCAGCAGAAACCUUCCGGACCUCUCGAGUCCCACAGAAAUCCAGUGUGGAAUGGGUCGCUCCUGCAGGCUCAGUCAGGAUCCUGCAAGGGUUUAUGUCAGCCCCAAGGAGCUGUGACUUAUGGAAGCCAGUACUGGAUGUGUCAUGCCGCCAAGGGCCAUUGAGGAACAAAGCCUUUGUUUUUCACCUUCUGUAUUCAGCGACGUGGAGAUGCAGCCAGCUGGGAGUGGGGGAGGUCAGGCUCUUCUCCCAGGAAGCAAGUGACAGAAUUAGAGGAAGCAGCCUCAAAUUGCCUAAACCAGGAGAGGAUGUUAGGAGAAAUUUAUUCACUGAAAGGGUUGUAAAGCACUCAAACAGGGGAAUGGUGGAGUCACCACCCCUGGAAGUGUUUGAAAACAGGUAGACUUGUCACUUGAGGAUAUGUUUUAGUGGUGGACAUGGCACAUCUGGAUUCACAGUGGUUGGGAUGAUCUUAAAGUAAUUUCUAAACAUAAACAAUUCUGUUCUGCUGCUUGAGUUACAUGGUGCUCAUGCCUGCAGAUUCAUGUGAAAAAUCCAUCUCGUAGCUGCCUCUGUGCAAACAUAGGCUAAGGCCAAAGCUGUGUUUUGGCCCUAAUUUUUCAUGUUUUAUUUGAGAGGUGAGUAGCAUGUUCCAGGUUAUUGAGGCAACUGCAAUAGUACACUUAGUCUGGGACUCCCAAAGAGUUUUACGUAAUAUGAACAGAAAAACUGUUCUUGAUCAGCCCUUGGGAAGCAGCCAGUAAAGAGCUAGGAUGUGGACUUAAGCAAUCUUUUGUUGGAACAAAUCACUCUUUCCUAAGUGUUGGUAUCUUUUUCUUUCAUUUGCCAAUAAUAUGUAAUUUCCUAAUACUGGUAUAUGGUUGUCAGUGGAAAAACACAAUGCAGUAGUGUGAGUUGGUUGGGUAAGUGCAGCACAGGCAGAUGCUGAUGUUGCUUCCUCUUUGGUGGCGUCUCAGUAGCCUUGCUUUUGAGUAACAUGUUUAGCCAAAUGCAUCUUGCUGCUGACUUGCUGAGGAAGAGGUUGAGAAAAGAAGAAUCCUGCUUUAUUAUGAGCUAAUAAUUAAACAGUUGAGUGCAUCAAAAAAAAGAGACAGUCUGUUGCAUUGCCAAAAGGAGUGCCAGCAAAUAAUGCACAUUGGAACUACUUCCAAAGAAAGUCUCAAAAGGUAUUUUUUUUGUAGUGGACGUCAUGAAGUAUGCCUUGCUACAGGGCCCAGACAGAAUAAUGGCAUUUUCUAUGAAAUUCGCACAUAUGAUAUUAAGCCAGCGAAGAUGAAGGAGUUUUUGGAAAUGGUCAACAAGUACUUUCACUUUCGCACUGCCCACUCGGAGCUGGUGGGAUUCUGGUACUCAGAGCUGGGAGCGAUGAACAAGGUGCUCCACAUUUGGAAGUACGAUAAUUUUGCCCACAGAACAGCAGUCCGGCAUGCACUAGCAAAUGACAAAGACUGGCAGGGAAAAUUCAUCUCUGCGGCUCUCCCCUUGGUAGAGAAGCAGCACAAUGAGGUUGCUUAUCUGGUGCCCUGGUGUCAGCUUGGGAAGCCUUCAAAGGAAGGGGGUGUGUAUGAAUGGGUUACUUUCCAGAUGAAGCCUGGUGGACCAGCAUUGUGGGGUGAAGCAUUUCGAGCUGCAAUCAAUGCUCACAUCAACACAGGAUAUACCAAGCUGAUUGGUGUUUUCCACACAGAAUAUGGAUUACUUAACACAGUCCAUGUAUUAUGGUGGAAUGAGAGCCCAGAUCAGCGGGCAGCAGGAAGACACAGCGCCCACGAAGAUGCCAGAGUUGUAGCAGCUGUGCGUGACAGUGUCAGAUUCUUGGAGUCCCAGCAAAAUGUCCUUCUGAUUCCUCUGCAAUGCUCACCACUGAAGUAACCUUCUUCUAAAAGAUGUAACUGAUGGCAGAAGAGACAAGGUGGAAGUGCUGUCAGCAAGUGACAUGGACCCCCAUCCCUCAUGAGCUGAGCUGUUCUUCUGUUGACAAAAAAUGGAUGCAAAACGCUGAUCCACUGGCAGUGUAAAUCAGCACUCUGAUACCAAUUGUUAAACAGAAGCUUAUGGUGAUGUUCCUACAUCUCCAGGACAAAGAACUUGAGCCAUAUCAUGACACAAGCCAUGUAUCACCAACAUCUAUUUUAAUCCCUAAGUUCUUCAUAAUUUUUUGCAUAGCUAGAUCACUUACCAAACUGAGAAAGUUAAGUGCCCUUGUCCAGCAUUCCAGCCAGGGAUGGUAUCAUUUUUAUAAUGUACUUUGAUGCCUCUUAUAAUAAUCACAUCUUAGUUAUUCCAUACAGUUUUAAGAAGGAAAGCUCCCACAUCUUACCCAAUUAUGUUUUAAUCAAAAUUCUCACUGGCAUACUUUAUAUUAAUUCUGGGUAAUGUACAACAGCAGUGUUGCUGGAAUUGCACUUAAAUGCAACAGUGGGGCUGAUUAGGUAGUGUAUCCUAAUGACCUCUGCCAUGAGACUUUUUACAUAAUAACUUGUUAUGGCUCAUUUCAGCCUUUUCUUUUUUUUGUUCAUUAAACACUGCCUCAAAACUGUGAGUUACCCACACAAGCUUUGGCUUGGGUACUUUAAUAUUUGCUUAGGGUGCUAAAGGAUUAGCCCUUCUUGUUCAAUUGUGUCAUCAGACUCAACUGAUUUACAUGUGCUGUCAUUCUUUGAAAUACUUUUUGUCACACUAUUGAAAGCUAAAUAAAUGAGCAUAAAGCAUUAA